UGAUGGCGGCUUCGUUUCGUUCUCUCCCUGCAAGCUGUAAUAACAAAUGGUACUACACCCGACAGCAGAUCGACAACAGCCCAUCUCGGCGAGCAGGACUUGAUCCCGACAAGGAACUGUCCUACAGACAACAGGCAGCGAACCUGCUCCAGGACAUGGGACAGCGGCUCAAUGUGUCCCAACUUACAAUUAAUACAGCCAUUGUGUACAUGCAUCGAUUCUACAUGGUCCAGUCAUUCACCAGAUUUCACAGAAAUGUUAUUGCUCCUGCCGCACUCUUCCUCGCUGCAAAAGUUGAGGAGCAGCCCCGAAAGCUGGAACAUGUGAUCAAGGUGGCCCAUGCAUGCCUCAAUCCUCAGGAGCCCUCUCCAGAUGUACGCAGUGAUGCCUACCUGCAACAAGCCCAAGACCUGGUCAUUCUUGAGAGCAUAAUACUCCAGACCUUGGCGUUUGAGAUUACCAUUGACCAUCCGCAUACUCAUGUUGUCAAGUGCACCCAGCUUGUCAGAGUAAUUCCAGCGAGUAAGGAUUUGGCUCAAACAUCAUACUUUAUGGCCACCAACAGUCUGCACUUGACCACGUUCUGCCUGCAGUAUAGUCCACCUGUUGUGGCCUGUGUGUGCAUCCAUCUUGCCUGCAAAUGGUCCAACUGGGAGAUCCCUGUGUCUACAGACGGCAAACACUGGUGGGAAUAUGUUGAUCCCACAGUUACCCUCGAGCUGCUGGAUGAGCUCACACACGAGUUUCUGCAGAUUCUGGAGAAAACACCCAGCCGGUUGAAACGGAUCCGUAACUGGAAGGCUGGAGGUCAAACACCAAAAGCCAAACCAAAAGUCCAGGAGGAGGGUGAUCAGAGGGACACCAUGAUGAGCAUGAUCUCCAUGGCCUCAUCAGAGAGUACUGUUGCAGGCCUGAUGAGCCUCUCAGCGCCACCUUCUGCCUCAUCUUCCUCAUCCAUGGGUGAUAAGGACAGGGGCGCAUCUGGCAGCGCUCAGACUUGGAGUGGAAAAGGUUCGGCUUCAUCGGAGCAGCAACAGCAGCAGCCCAACAAUGAGGUUCAUGCUCCAGCUAAGGUGUCGCUGAGUGAGUACCGUGCCAAGAACGCAGACGUCCUGGCCGCCCAGAAGAGGAAGCUGGAGAACAUGGAGGCCAGCGUGAAGAGAGACUAUGCCAACGCUGCCCAGGCUCUCAUUGGUCAGCAACAGAGGAAGGAGAAGCAGCAACAUCAUCACCAGCAGUCCAGCUCAUCCUCCUCUGACAUGUCCAAUCCAUCACCCAUUAUUCUGAAAAUCCCCCUGGAGAAGGAGAGGCACGACAGGAGCUCUCUGAAAAUGCGUUUCCCGCUAGCUGGGGGAGGGGGCAGCGGGCACAGUGCCAGUGCCCGAGGUCAGGAUCAGGACAUCAAAGUCAGAAUACGAGUGCCUGAGAAGCAAAGGGGGAAUUCAGGAGAGGAGGGCAAGAGCAGGGACAAGCACAGGGAACGGUCUAACCACCACCACCAUCAUCACCACCAUCACCACCAUUCCUCCUCUAGCGGUGCCUCAGUCUCCUCUUCACACAAACAUUCAUCUAGUUCCAGUGGGGCAGUAGGAAGCAGCAAAAAAGUCCCCAGCGACUCUUCUAGAACAGGUUCUUCAUCCUCUUCUGCCUCCCGUAAGAGGACACACUCCCAAGAUCCCACAGCAGGCUCUCACACUGCCUCUAAAGUCAGCAAGUCCUCGAGGAAUCCCUACCAGCUACCGUCCCUGUCUUCCUCCUCUGGGCAAACUCUGGGCCACGGUCCUGACAUUCUGCCCGCCCUGGGCCUUCCCCACCACCAAGGGAGCUAUUCACACUCCAAAGGUGACAAGACAGACACUAACGGGCACGGUGCAGCAGGCGGAGCCCAGUCGAACGAGUACCAGGACACUUUUGAAAUGCUGAACUCACUUCUGAGCGCACAGGGGGUCCAGCCAUCCCAGCCGUCCAUGUUUGACUACAGAUCCCAAUAUGGGGACUACCGCUUCAGUGGUGGCUCCAGAGGGAGCAACCCCAGGCCCCCACCGCUGCCUUCGGAACCCCCUCCCCCUCUGCCCCCAUUGCCCAAAUGAGUUCCUGAUCAGGAGAUGCGAUAUGUACAUUGUACUUGACAUUACAAACAUCCAUAUUGUUACAUAAAGUAUUGUUUUUUGUCUUUUUUUUUUUUUUUUAACUCACCAAACAUUUUUUAUAGGCUUCAGCGUGACAGCAGCAAAAUGUAGUGGUGAGAUAAAUCAGUUUUCAACCUUUUUCUUUUUACAGUUCACUCAUGGGGCAAUAAUGAGAGGCUUUAAAAGCGUGCAAAAUGUGAGAAAAAAAUUUAUAGAAAAGUGUAGAUAAUAUUUUUGCUCCUCUGUUUAACUCAAAUGAAAUGUGAUGAGGGGACCUGGUAUUUUUACCAUCACUGUUUUUGGAGGACGUCGGGGAAACUUAAAGAUUUCCAUCACAUACCUGUUUGGUCUUCUUACUGACUGUCUUUUUAUAAUGUUUUUAUAGUAUGUUAUUUAUUGAUUGAAUGCUUUUAAAAAACAUAGUCCCUUUUCUACCUUUUUUAAGGUCUCCCCUCUAUUCUUCUUGGGCAGGGGGAUAUUUCUUCAUCAAGACUGUACAGGCUAGUUUGAGAGUGCAUGUCUCCAAAGCCAUCUCUUUUGCUAUUAUUUUUUCUUUUUUUCUUUUUUUGUUUUCCUUUUAACAGCCAUAACUAAAAAAAAAAGGGUGACUGCUCCACUCCUGGUGUUAUAUUUUAUUCCCUGCAUAAUUUGGUAUACUUGUACAAAGACAGCAAAAUGUUUAAAACAAACAUGAAAUAUUUUUUACAUUUUAUUAUUAACAAUUAUGAAAAAAAAAGUAAAUUAAGGAAGCUUGUACUUUUUUAAUUUUUAGAUUUUGAGUGUUGCAGUCAUUGUUUUAAAUGGUUGUAAAAUAUUCAUAUUCAUUUUACUAGUGAUUACACUAAUGGACAGUUCAUACCAAGGAUACAUCUGUGGUUUAUCAAAGGAAUCACAGAGUUCAAACAUAUCUACCCAGUACGGUCAAAAUGAAGGAAUUGCCAAUAAACGAUUUAACCUGUCAUGUAACUUUUGCUUAAUCAGUUUCCUCUGGAAGGGGAGUCGGUGAAAACUUAAUGCAAAGAUUGAAAUAGGGAGCAUAUAUGGAUAUACUACAUUUUAAGAGCCGUUCGCAAGCGCAGUGCCCGAUGUCACACACAUCGCCCUGAAACUGCUGGAAAGAAUACGUUUUCCUGCUGGUGCUCACUUUUUGGUGACCAUAUCGAGCACCAGACUUACUUGACUUUGAGCACAGUGUACAAUAAAGUAUUCAAAAUACACAAUAUCAAAGACUAAUCAAAUGCCAUCUGUCAUCCAUUUGUUAUGGUUGUCUUUCAUGUACGUAUUUCCUUUGGAGAUGUUUUCAAUGUGUAAACCCCAGUGUACACCUGUCAGUUCAUGCUGGUCUGAUUUAAACAUGUUAAAGCUGUCUUUUGACUCAAUACCUUCAAACUACAUUGGUGGAUAUUCGGCUUCAGAUUGUUGUUUAGCCAUGAUUCAUCAAAAAUGUUUGCACGUGUUCUUUUAGUUCUGUAAAUCAUACACUGCAAGCAGGUUAUCAACAUACCUCCUACAAGGUCAUAAGCAUGAAGUAUACUGUUUCAUUUGAAUUACUGAUGAAUUUUUGUGGUGGUGCCACUUAUUGGCAAGAGAAUCGGGUAUCAUCUGUACAUUUAAUUCAUACUAAGCUCUAUAUGGUUUUGAUUGUAUAGUAUUACUGCUUUUUACCUGCUUUCUUUUAUCAGUUUGUAAUCAAAGACUCAUUUUAGGCAGUUCACAGUAAUGCAGUACAACAAAUCAGCCAUACAAUUGUAAAAUAUUUUUGUUCCCUUGAGUAUAUGGAAGAUAGGCUGAAAGAAAACAGCUCUUUGCUCAGGCAGCAGAGUUUUUAUUAGUUAUUCAACUCUUGGUUGUAACAGGGAAACAGUAAAUGCACUGAAUAUUUAUCUCAGUAGGUUUGCCUACAAUGCAAUUGACAAAAGUGUUACAUGUAUAAUGGUUAGACUAUUAGAAUAUAUGUCUAAUAUUGCAAAAAAAUGUUUUAUUUGAUCUGGACAAAUCUUCCAACUUAAGUAUUAACAUUAUGCUGUGAGAGAGUCAUACAAAAGGAAACACAUUUCAAAACAAACCCAUAUGUGAGAAAAAUGGAAGACACUCAUGCAACCUAACAAUGCAAAAUCACAUAGCUACAAUAAGUUUCAUGUUUUUUCAUGUCUUGGUGGUUUUAGUGACACUCAGGUCUGAAAAUGAAACGUUUUGGGAUUUUUUUGUUUUCAGUUAAAAGGUUAUAUGUGAACACUGUUCUUUUUGAUAUAAUGUGGUUGCUUUAUUCUCAAUUAAAGUCAAUAAAUAUUUUAA